GUUUUCGAGGUCCUUUGAUUUGACAUCAGGCUUCAUGAUGCGAGGUGGAGGCAGCGAGAGGCUGCAGGAGCUUCUGGUAUCGGUGUUGUUGGCAGGCAGAUGAGUCACUUGCGCAAUAUUGGACGCAGUCUGUCAAAUCAUCAAUCUGAGCCAGAGAGAUAUCGUGGAAAGCUCGACCGAACUGGCGCUUGCUAGCAGACUGGCACGACAGCCAGGUGAAUCAUGAUCGAGCGGUGCUAGAGGUCUUGAUUUCCGUCUGCUGUAAGUCAGCUUCGGAAGUUUUUAGAAAUGAUAAAAGGCCACCGACUACGCUGCAAAGCCUCAGCUUCAUCGUACAUCCUUUCAUCGAGCUUGUACACUCAGAGAACUUACAUUCGACGAGAAUGGCUACCACCACAGCUUCCUCCUUCAUUAGCUCUGUGAUCCUGCAGCCCCUCAUCGUGGCGAUCAGCAGCGCUGUGUACUCAUCCCUCCUAUCCUACGAGAUGGUUGGAAACCUUGACUGGAGGCCGAUCGUCAUAUGCGCGACAUCUGAUGUCCUUGUCAUCGCGGCUGACCACCUGAAGGAUCAAGAAAUUGUCACCGGUACUCGAGGCGCGGCUGUCAUAAAGCGCUUUACCCCCCUUGCGCGUAUCUUUUUGGCGUUGAAUGCGUCGCUGCUCGUGGCAGCUUUAAGUCUCAGUCCGCCGAAAGCAACGCUCUUCACCGCAAUUUUCACUUCCCCAGCUUUUCUGUGGACGACCCCGCUUGAUCUUUCGCGGAUCGGCACAAUGCUGAAGAGACUCAUAGGGACAGAUUAUAGUCAAGAAGUAGACAAAGCUCACAAACCGUUCAUCAUCAAACGGGUUCCUGGCAUGAAGGCUUUUUUCAGCGGUACCAUUCGAAGCUGUGGGGUGUUCUUAGUCGUCCACUCGGCGCUGCAGUCCUCGUUGACAUCGACCCAUAACGCACUUCCAUGGACGAUCGCCGAGACUCUCAUUUGGUCGAUGGUCAAUCGCACCGGUCAUUGUAUUAUGUCGGACGUGCGCGACUACGACGAGGACAAGGAGGCCGGAGUCCCGACCAUACCGGUCCUCCUAGAUUCUCUCCUCAAGACUCGGAUGAUCUUGACCGUCGUUCACGCAGCCAUUUUGACGGCCUUCCGCCACAAUCCGUUUAUUGUGGCAAGUUCCUGCUUCGCAAUUGCUCUUGUUUGGAUUCUAGGGAAAGAUACUCCGAAACCUUACUUCCGUCUUAGUCUUCACUCACAGUCGAUCUUCAUUGUUACGUACGCUGUUUUGCUCGCUUUUGGUUUGGUUUAGACCACUAUUGCACAUCUUAGGGGCUAUCGAAAGGUUCUCAGGGUGGAUCUUCGGUGUCGGUUUUUUUUAAAGUCUGUUUUGUUUGCUGCUGUACGUCAUGCAUGUGGAUCUUUGGUGUCGGUUCG